AUGUUAGAUGGUUAUAUAUCGAAUAAAAAAAUAUAUGAAUUGAUUUGUAAUAAUAAAUAUAGUCGAUAUGAAAAUGAAAUUAAGGAAGUAUUUGAAAAUAAAUAUUGUAAAAUAUUAAAUUAUUUGAAUUUAGAUAACAAAUAUCAUGAUGUAAUUUCAAUGAAACUUCAACAAUUUAUUAAUGAAAACUUAACAUUUAAUGAAUCAAAAUCAUAUUUUUUUGGAUUCUCUAAAGAGUUGUUAGUACAUUGUUUAAAGGUAUAUUUUUAUGAAGAAUAUUCUAAGAAAAAAAAUUUUAACAAUUUAAAUAAUUAUAGCUUAAAUGAAGAUAUACUUAUGAAGAAGAUUCAAGAUAACAGUGAUUCAAUUGAUAUGGAUAAAUUACAUCUAAUAUAUUGUGAUGAAUAUUUUUAUAUAUUUAGAAAUAUUUUGUACGUUUUAAAAAAAUGUGAUAUAUUUUAUUUUUACCUAAAUUAUAAACCAGAAGAUUUCGAAUAUGAAAAAAAUUUUCUUUUUAUACUUUUUUCUAUAUUAGAGAAAAAAUUUAAUAUUCAUCAACUGAUACAAAUAUAUUUUGAUACUUAUAAGGAUACUAAUAAUUACUUUGAACUUAUAAAAAUAAAUAAUUUAGAAAAUACAUCAUGGGUUUAUAAAUAUAUUCUAUUAUUUCUAAAUAUACAAAUAUACUGUAUUAAUAUCUUUUUUUAUUUGCAAUUAAGAUUAAAUGUAUUAUCAAAAAGCAAUUUUAAAUCUUUUUUAAACAUUUUUUUAACAUUUUCAAAUAUUAAUUUAGCAAAUAAUUAUAUCUACAGUGAUAUUAUUACAAAUACUCUUCAACAAAAAGAAUACUCAAUUAUAUUUUUAAUUUUUUCCAUAAGUAAUUUAAUAACAUUUGAUGAUAUAAGUAAAUAUGUUAAAUGCUCUUCAUCAAGUAAUUUAUUUAAAUUGUUUUUUUAUUUUAAAAAUGAAAAUUCAACCUAUAAUUUUGAACAAAAUAUACUAAUGUUAUCACAAUGCCUCUAUUAUUUUGAUGAUAUUAUUAAAAAUUUUGUUUUCAUUGAUGAUAAUUUUGUAUAUAAAAAAAUUCUCUUAGAUAUUAUUAACAAUUCCCUCUGUAGUGAAGAAAAUAUAUACGAAAAAAAAGAGAAUAAUAAUGAUAGCAUAAAUUUUAAAAAUGGAGAAAUAGAAGAAGAAGAAGAAGAAGAAAAAAAAAAAUAUAGAAAAAAAGAGGGUAAUUACAUGGUUUCUUAUAACAUGAAUACUAGUGAAACUAAUAAUAAUAGUAAUAUUCAAAUUUGUAAUUUAAAUAGUUUAGAAAAUCCUAAUUAUUAUAAUAGCUACUCCAUAAGUGGUGAUAAUGAAAAUCAAAGUUAUUCAGAUUUAGGAGAUCUUAAUAUUUCAUUAAUAAAAGAUAUUAGAAAAUAUAUAGAAAGAAAAGAAUUUUUUAAAAAAAAUAUCAACAUAGAUAUGUUUUUAAAUAUAUGUAAUUCUAUUUUUAAAAAACAGAAUUUUCUUUUGUUUUUGUAUGAUAUAAAAAAAGCAUAUAAAAAUAUUAAAAUAUAUAUAGAUUAUCUACAAAAUGAAAAUUUUCAAUAUAAUAUCUAUUUAUUUAAAUAUUUUUUUUAUGAUUAUGACUAUAAUAGCACAGAAAUCAUAACAAAUGAUAAAGAAAGGAAAAAAUUAUUAUCUCCAUUCAUUUCUGUUGAAUGUAAGAAUAUUUUAUUACAAAUUUCAACACUUUUUUUUUCUUAUGAUUAUUUAAAAAUGUUCUCAAUUAAAAAAAAUAACGAAAAGAAAUGUAUUCAUAAUAAUAGAAAAAAAAAUAAUGCAAUAUAUCAUCCUAUAAUUUUACACAAUGUGAAUAAAUUACUAUUGGAAUUUUUUUAUAAUAAAAUGUGUAAUUCAUCAAUAGAUACCUUGCUUACUUUUAAUCAUAAUUUAUUAUCAAUAUAUAGAAUAUUAAAAGUCUUGAUAGGAAACAAUUCAAAUUUAGUUAGUUUUAAUGAAGUUUGUAAAAUUAUAGAAUCAUUAAAUGAUAAUAACAAAAAUAAAAGUAUAAUAGAUUUUGAGCAUAUUUUAUAUUAUAAAAUAUUGGAUAUUUUAAAGAAAAAAAAUAUAAAAAAAAAUACUAUAUAUAUAACUUAUUUGGAAUAUUAUUAUAUUUUAAUUGACUACAUAUGUAAAUAUUUAUAUAACAAUUAUUGUAAAAAUAUAAAGAAUGAUUUUUUUAAGGAUAAUAAUUUUACCUUUUUUAAAAAUAUAAUUAUAUUUUUUUGUAAAAUUUUAAGUAUAAAUAAAUGUUUUCAUAUUUUAAUAGAAGUAAAAUUACAAAAUUAUUUCAAACUUACUUAUGAUAUAAAAAAUAGUUUCAUCAACAUUUAUACAUAUCUUUUUUUUUUCUCUUUAAAAUAUAAUGAACUAAAACCAUUAAAUUACUCCAUAGUCAGUUGUUUGUUAUUCUUAUUAAAAAAAAAAAAUAUUAAUAAAUUAAAUGCUUACAUUUUUCAAAUGUUUUCAUAUAUGGAACAAGAAGAUCAAUUAAGAGAGGAACAAAAAGAGAAUGAUGAUAAAGAAAAUAAAAUAAGUAAUUCUAAUGAUACCAAUAAGAAUAGUAAUAAUGACAUUAUUAAUAAUAUGAGUAAUUAUGCAUCAGAGAAUUAUUUAAAUUCUAAUACCAGUAAUUACAAAAAUUUAGAAAAUUACAAAAUUGAAAAAGAUUUUAUGGAAAUAAAAGAAAAUUUCAAAAUUGAUAUAUCAUUUUUGAAAAUAUUUUUUCUUUUAAAUUCUAUUAGAAGAAUAGAUUUGAAUAAAUUGGAAAUAAAAGAAAAAAUAACAAUUGAAAAAGAAGAAAAUAAAAAUACUACUGCUAGUAAUAUAUCUAACAAUAUUAAUGAUAUAUAUGAAAAUAAUUACAACAGUAGUAAUCAUGAUUUGAGUUACAUCUUGAAUAAAAAUAAUACUGAUAAUGGUAAUUCAUAUGGAAGUAAUAUUCCUGAUUUUUCUAGUAAAAGUGUUAUAAUUAGUUGUAGUCAGACAUGUUUUACUAGUAAUAAUGAUAAUAUAAAUAAUAGGAGUAAUAAUCAUAGUAAUUGUAAUUAUUAUUACUACAAUAUAAGCGAUUAUGAGAUAUGUUAUAAUAAUAAUAUUACUGAAAAUAUAAGUCUGGAAGAAAUUUUUGUGAUUACUCUUAUGUACUUAUGUCAAGUUGAUAAUAAUUAUAAAUUUAGUUUUGUAAAUGAUUUAUUAAAAUUAUAUGAAGAGGAAAAAAGGAAAAAAAUUUAUGAAUGUACAGAAAUAAUUUUGAAAUUAUUUAAAAAAAUUAUGAAAAAAAAUAACAGUGCAUAUUUUUAUUUUAAUAUUUGUAAAUCAUUUCAAACAAAAAUAUGUCAAGUAUUAGAUAGUAUUAAUAUAUUAAUAAAGAAAUGGACAAUAUGGACAGUUAACAAUUGUGAUGAAACUUUUAAAAAAGAAAAAAACAUAAAUAUAAAUGAAUUAGUUAAAUUAUUUUUUAUAUCUUAUUAUAAAUACUUAAAAAAUUAUUUUAUUCAAGUAAAUAACUUUUUUUAUAAUUGCAACUUACUAAAUAGUAGCAAUCAUUUUCAUGAUUUCGUAUUUUUAAUUUUCUCAAAAUAUAUUAAUAAAGUAUUUAUAGAUAAUUUUUCAGCCCCAUUUAUAUUUAAAUCUUCAAAGUUUUGUAUUUUAAAUAUGUGCUUAUCUAUCAUUAACUAUAUGAUAAAUAUAUCAAAGAAUAUUAACAUUCAGAGAAUAAAAGAAAUUAAUUUUGAGUUUAAUUCUUUUUUAUUAAAUCAUGAUACUAUAGAAGAAAAUUUAGAAAAUAAAAACAUCGAAAACGAUUUUUUAGAUAAUUAUGAAAUGAAAAGUAAAAUAAAUUUAUCAUCUGCACAAUAUGUAAAUCAGAAAGAUUCUACAUUUUAUAAUUUUAUGAAUAAUAUAAUGAUAAAUCAUAAAACAUUAUUAACUAAAUCAAGUUCCUAUAUAAAAAAAAAAGUUAAUAUAUUUCAAAUUGAAACGAAUAAUAAUGAAAUGUUACAUAAUAACUAUACAAUGGAUUAUCUAACUGAUAUUGUAUUAUUAGAAAAAGAAAAUAAUAGAAGAGAAAUUAAUAAGAAUAACAAUAGCAAUAAUAAUAAUAAUAAUAUUAAUAAUAAUGAUAUAAAUAAUAAUAAUAAUAUAGAAAAAUUAUUUCAUCAUUCAACCAUAAAUUUUAAUAUAAAUGAUUUAUCAACUAAUGGAAACUCUUUAAAUCAAUUGUCAUCAUUUUCGAAAAUAAAUAAUUCUAAUAAAUGUAAUUUCACAUUUUUAAAAUUUUUUUUUCAUAUAAAGGAUUUAUUAAAAAUUAUUUUUCAAAAUAAUUAUGUAUUUUUUUUAAGUGAUUUCCUUCUAAUGAAUUAUGAACAAAAAGAUAACCAAAACAUAUUUAAAUAUAACUUUCAUUUAUCUAAUUUUUAUUAUUCUAUAUUUAAUAGUUUUAUAAACAAUUUUAAUACAAAUUACUUCAAAAACAAAAAUAUCAUCUCUUAUUCUAAGAAUAAAAGUAACAGAAAAAUAUAUAAACAAAUUAUAAAUAGAAUUUUAUUAAUGUAUUCAAUAUUACUAGAAAUUUGCUAUAAUUUUACAUUUGUUAAAGAAGUUAACAAUAUUUCAAUGAAUAUUGCUAAUCAAAUAUUUUCUUUAUUUGAUACAUCUCAUCUUAUAUUGAAUUUAUUUUCAAAAAUGUCAUUGGAUUUUAUUCAGAAGAAUGAUAUUGUUAGUAAAGCUAUAAAUAAUGAUAUUUUAAGUAUAGAGAAAAAGCAUUCUAAUGAGAAAAGAGAAAUUUUAAGCAUAUCCUUACUUUAUUUUUUUUUACAUGAUUAUAAGAACAUUUAUGUUUUGUAUGAAAAUUUAAAUAAAUAUUUUAAAAUGAAUGAUUAUAACAACAUUUAUUUUCUUUGCAAAUAUAGUAAAGGUUUUAUAUCCCUUUCAUAUAUAUUAAAGUUUUUCACAGAUAAAUUUUUGUUCUAUUUUAAUAAAAUAAACAUAUCAGAUUCUUUAAAUUUAAAAAUAGAAUACACAAAAAGGAGCUUUAAAGUGUUAAAAUUCUUAUAUUUAUUUAUAAAAAAUAAUGAUUUAAUCCAUAUUUCUAUUUAUGAAGACCUUUUUAAUGUUUUGUUAUUUAUAAUAAGAAGUUACGUAGAAAAAGAGAAUUAUGAUUCUUUUGAGCUGAAGUCAUAUAAAUUUAAUGAAUUAAAAAAUUUAAAUCUAUCUUUGCAUUUUAUAAAUUCAAUUUAUUUAAAUAUAUUUAAUGACAAUGAAGAAAAUAUUGAAAAAAAAAAAGAUUUUUGGGAAAACAUAGAAAAAAUUUUUAACAUAUUUAUAAAUAAAUUACAAAAAAAUGUAUCCUUUUUUUUCAACUCUAGUGAAAAAAUUUUUUAUAAUAAGGAACUAAGAAAAGAAUUAUAUAAUUAUUUAUAUAAUUUAAAUAUAAUAAGUGAAAUAUUCGAAAUAAUAAUUAAAGGAGUAUAUAUAAAAGAUAUGUGUGCAAAUAAAUUAAUUAUAUAUAUUUGUUAUGAUAAAAAUAUAUGCAGAAUUUUUUUUAAUAUAAGUCAUAAUAAUUUAAAUGAUUUAUUGAAUAAAUAUUUAGAAAUGCUUAAAAAAAAGGAAGACAGUGCAUCUAAUUUAAAGAUUCUUUUAAACAGCAAAAAAAAUAUAGCUAUUGAAAAAUAUGGUUUAAUAAAUGAUGAUUCACUAAUAGAAAAUAUGUUACAAGUAUUACACGAAAGAAAAAUAGAUUAUAAGUAUAUAAUUAAUAUAAGUGAAAAUAGUGUAAAUAAAGAUCAGCUAAAUGAAAGUAUUUUUGUAGAAAAUAAUGAUUCAAUAACAAUUAGAAGUAUAUUACAAAAUAAAAUAGAAUUAUUAGAAAAUGAUUAUGUUAGUACGAAAUUUUAUGAAAAUAAAUCAAAAUUAUAUGGUGAAAAAAAUUAUUUAUUUGAUAUAAAGAAUUAUUAUCAUUAUUUAAACAAUACUACUAAUAACUAUCAGGAAAAUUCUUAUAUUAAUGAUGUAGAAGAAGAAAACCAGAAUAUUUUUAGUGACAACAUAAAUAAUGAUAAUGAAUAUAAAUCAGAUAUAAAAAUAAAAAAAAAAAUUGAUUCUAAUAUUUUAAGAAAUUUAUAUACUAUUUUUCCAGAUACCAAUUCAAAUAACUUAAGUAACAAAAAUGAAUUUGAAUUUCAUAUGGAAAACAAAUAUAUAAACACCAAUAAUUCAAAUAAUGACUCAAUAAAUGAAAAUACAUGUAGUAAUAAAAAUAAUAGUUUAAAUUAUGCUUAUAAAGAAGAAAAAAUGGAAAGAAAAAAAAUGAAAAAAAAAGAAAAGAAAAGAUAUAUUUAUUUUGAUAAUAAUGUAUCUAGUAUUUUUGCUUUUUCGAAUUAUUUUAAAAAUGAAAUAAAAUGUAUGAAAUACAUAAACUUAACAUAUAGUACUUAUGAUAGUAAAUUUAGAUUGUUGUUACUUUUAUAUAAAUUUAUAAUUAUUAUUAAACAUAAAAAUUUAUUUGGAGAUGAAAAUUAUCAAAAAGAAGAAAAGCUAUAUUUAGAAAAACAUAAUAUAGCAAGCAGUUCACCUUUCCUUUUUUUUAUAUACGAAAUAAUGAUAACAUUUAUGACCUCCUCUAACUACAUAAACCAAAAUUCCUUCUAUUAUGUUAUUAUUACAAAUAUUUUAAUAAACUUUUUUUCUUUUGUAAGUAUGAAAGAUUAUAAAGAAUAUGAGAAGAAAAAUGUUUUACACAAUGAUGAUAAUAAUAAUAUUAAAGAAAUAGAAAAAGAUAAAGAUGCUUUUUCUAAUAAUAAUUAUAAAAUUUUUAUCAAUGGAAAAACACCAUCUAAUAAUAAAGAAACUUUUAAAAAUAAUGAUAAAAAUAUAAAAAAUAGUAAUGAUAUUAUUGAUAAUGAAAGUGAACAUGUAAAAGAGUUUUAUCAUGGAAUCUUUUUUUGUGAUCUAUUUAUAGAUGAAUCAUAUAUUAUCAGUAUAAAAAAUAAAAAUGAUAGUUUUGUUUUUGAUAUUUUGAACAAUAUAUCUAAAAGAGAUAUUGAAAAAUAUGAAUUUAUAAAAAAUUCAAUUAAUAUUAGUGAUACAGAUGAAAAAUGUAAAUCGGUGAAUAUGAAUACAUGUGAAAGCAUUUUUCAACAUCAAAAUAGUUUAAUUUAUAAUAUGCCUUUAUUUCUUUCUCUAUUUGUUAGAGUUAUUAAUAUUCAUUUACAUUUUUUUAAAUUUUAUAAUAAAAAUGUAUAUUUUUUAAAGAAUUUUAAUACUUUAUACAUACCAAAUUCAAUUUUAAAACAUAUUUAUCCUGCAAAUCAUUUUAAUAUAAAUUUAUUUGUCAAUUUAUUAGAGUUAUUUUACAUUAGUAUUAGAAUUUAUAAUAAUCAUUUUAUAAAAUUAAAUAAAAGUUUGCUUAAAACUGAUGAACAAAAAGAUAAAGAAAAAAAAGAAAAUAUAGAGGAUAUAAAAGGAAAUAACAAUAAUAAACUUCUUAUAAAUCAUGAAAAUACAACUAAUAAUAUAAAUGAUAAUGAUGAAGAUAAUAAGAAUAAUAAUAAUGAUGAUAAUAUCUCAAAUAAUAUUAUAAAUGUUUUUAAUGAUAAUAAUAAUUUUAUUGAAAAAAAUUUUAUUUUUGAUAUUUAUAUGAUAACUUUAAAAGAAAUAUUAAAGGAAUGUUAUGAAGCUCAUCAUAUUCAUAUGAAAAAUGAAGAAAAUAUUCCCAAUUCUUAUCUUCUUCAGCACUUGUUAUUAUAUUUUUUAUACAAUAGAAUUAAUACUAUUUAUGAAUUAUUUUAUUAUUAUUUUUUUAAAUGUUUAAAAAGAGAAAAGAGAAAUAUCUUUGAUAGUAUUAAUGAAAAAAUAUAUAAUUUAUUAGAAAAUAUUAUAUAUGAUCAAAUUAAUAAAAUUAAUAACUUUUUAGAAAAUGACAAAUAUUAUUAUUUUUAUAUAAAUACAUUAACAUUUAUUUGUUUAAAUAAAAAUAUAUGUUUACAUAUAAUUAAGAAAAAUAUUUUGACAAAAUUAAUAUACGUUCCUUUAAUAUAUCAUUCUAUAUUUGAUAAAAAUAAAAGUUUUAGUUCUAUAUAUUAUAUAAGUGAUGAUCAAUAUAUAAGAAAUAAAAAUCACAUAAUCUUCUGUUCAUUAAUUGUUUUGAUUAUUAAGUUAUUAUAUAUUUUUGUUAAAAAUUUAAAAAAUACAAAUAAAUAUUCAGACUUUUAUUCUGAUUCCAUAUAUGAUUUUAAUAAAAAUUUUGAAUAUAAUAAUCAAAAGUAUAUGUCAUCCAUGAAAAAUAUUAUUAACAACAAAGAAUUUUCUCCAUAUGAUUCAGAAUAUAAUGAAGAUAUAAAAGAAAAUAGUAAUAAACCAUCUACUUCUGACAAACAUAAUGAAAAGAAUAAUAAUAUAAAUGAUGAAAACUAUUUAAAAAAUAAUAACCAAAUGAAUUGCAAUGGUGAGAAUUACAAAAAAAAAGGAAGAAAAAAUAUUAAACAAGAUACUACUUUACAAACAAAUUACGAAAUAGAAUUUUUUCUAAAUUCGAUUUUAAAUAUCAUAGAAAAAUUAAUGAAUAGAAUAAAUUUUAUAUUUUUAAAAAUUGAAAAAAUUAACUGUCUAGCUAUAUUUGAAGAAUCUUAUUUGUAUGUUGAAUUAUUCACAAAAAUAUCAUACUAUUGUAAUAUAUAUAAUGUUAAUAAUUUUCUUAUAUCAUUAAUGGAAAAAGGAGUUGAACAUCAUUUAUUUUAUAUUAAUAGAAUAUUAGAAAAAUUUAUAUAUGAAAAAGAAGUUUUUAUUGAAGCAUAUAGUCCAUAUGAGAUAAGUGCAUCAUCAAAUAUAUCAAAUGUUAAAGAAAAAAAAAAAAUGAAAAAAAAUGAAUUAUCUUUAUUUACACAAAGAGUAUUAUAUAUAUGUUAUAAAUCAAUAUUAAAUUAUAAUACUAUAUUACUAAAUAUAAUACAAACUCCUUAUUUUACUUAUUCACAUUUUGUUAUUCAUUUAUAUACUCUAUUAUUAAAAUCGACUAGAUUAGUUACCAACAUUAUUGAACAUUUUGGAAGAAAAAAUACAACAUUAAUAAGAACAAUAAAAGUUAAUUCUAAUUUAUCAUAUGUACCAAUAUGCUUAGAUAUAGUUAAUACAAUGAAAGAAAAAAAAAAAGAAAAAAUUCAUUACACAAGGGGUGCUGUUAAAUCUAGUUUUAGCUGCUAUUUGAGUGAUAGUAAUUCCUAUAGUGAUGAUUCUACAUAUUCAGGAGAAAUAAUUCAUUAUAAUAGAUCAAUUGAUGAAUAUAUUAAUACAAAAAGAAUUUAUAAAAAUGAUUAUUUGUUUAAUUUUUUGCCUGAAAUGAUUGAAUUGAAAGUCUAUUAUAAUAUAUUAAAAGAAAUUCUUGAAAGAAGUGCAUUUUUGGGAGCAUUUAUUUUGGAUAAAUUAAAAAAUUCAUGUGAAGAUUCUUGUUUAAAACAAAUUUUAAUUAGCAAUGUUUUUUCUUAUUUAAUACAUAUUAAUGCCACUCUUUUACCGUCUAAUAUAUGUACAAAUAAUUUAAAAAAAAAAUGUACACUCAUAUAUAAUUAUGUUGUUCAUAUACAUAAGAAAUAA